AUGGAAUUAAAAUUAAAGCAGCCAAAUGGCUCUUCAAAUAACACGACGAAACUGCCACAGCAGGAAACCAACGAUCAAGAAAACCGAUCAAAGGGAGAACCAUAUGAUUUUGUCAGUAACAGACCAGAAAGGAAAAGAAAUAAUUUUCUAGAAUCAACUGGACAUUUAAUAAAGGGUUGUCUCGGUGGAGGAGUUCUGGGUAUCCACGAAGCGUUUAUGAAAUGUGGUCUAUGGACCGCGCUAUUUGUUACAAUUGGUUUUGGACUAUAUAUAUCGUAUUGUUUGCAUAUCUUAAUAAGUGCUGCGCAGACAUUAUAUAGAAGGUUGCAUAUACCUGAGAUGUCAUAUCCGGAUGUUGCUGAGGCUUCACUAAGAGUAGCACCCUUUCCAGGACUGAGAAAAUACAGUAAAUGGUUCAGAUAUGCAGUAGAUGUGAUUAUAUGCAUAGACCUUUUCGGGGCAUCUUGUGUUUAUCAGAUAAUGAUAGCCAAAACUAUAAUGGAGUUAGUUGAAAACACGCAGGAAAACGAAUCGGAAGACAUAAAUAGGCUUAGACUAUAUAUUCUUGCGUUGUUAAUUCCUAUACUCUUGCUUUGCAUGAUAAGGUCUUUGAAGUACUUAGCUCCGUUUACACUGCUGGGAGACGUUCUUGUUGUUGUUUGUGUCGUUGCAACACUAAUCUACAGUCUCCAAUCAGCACAGCCAAUAAAAAAUGUCCCCGCAUGGAAGGAUGCCAUAGGCUUCUUUGAGUUUUGUGGUAUCGUGGUCUUUAGUAUGGAGGGAAUCGGUGUUAGUCUACCCAUAGAGAAUAAUAUGAAGGAUCCUAAGCAAUUUCCACUGGUCAUUGCUUCUGGAAUGUCCAUAGUGCUUUUGUUCCUAAUAACUAUUGGAUUCUUUGGGUAUUGGGGCUUUGGUGAACACUGCGUUACACCAGUCACGCUGAAUUUUCCAACAGACAUAUUUCCAACAAUUCUAAAAGGACUCAUGGGAGUUAUGAUCUUCAUAACGUAUGCUCUCAAUUUCUGGGUACCGUUCAACCUUGUCUGGCAUUAUUUAGCCAAGAAACAUGAUCCGAAGAAACAUUGGAUAUGGGAAAGAUUUUACAGAGGUGCAUUUGUACUGCUAAUUACUUUGGUAGCUAUUGCAUUUCCCAACAUCGGAAACCUUAUGGGUUUGCUUGGCGCGUUUGCAUUGUCGAAUAUGGGAUUCAUUUUCCCAGCUGUUAUCAACCUGUUAAUCAUCUGGGAGGAUCCAGGCCUAGGAAGGUUUCGAUGGAGGCUCUGGAAAAACGUUGCUAUCAUUCAAGUCGGAAUACUGCUUUUCUUUGCUGGAACUUACUCCAAUAUGAAGGGAUUGAUAAGUAAUCUAAAAUAA